AUGGUGUACAAGUUUCAUAAAACCUUGUAUGGACUGAAACAAGCUCGUAGAGCUUGCAAUCUGAAUAUUGAUUCAUUUUUCAAGCGUCAAGAAUUCAGAAAAUGUGAGAUGGAGUAUGGUGUUUAUGUUCAGCAUACAUCUGAUAGUAGUAUAAUUCUGUUGAAGUAUAAACUUGAGCUUCUGAAGAGAUUUGAGCUAACAAAUUGCAAGUUUGCAAUCACACAUACUGAAACAAAUCACAAGUUGGAUUCUGAUGAUGUAGGUGCUACAACUUGUAAACAGUUGGAUCUGAAGAUCAAGGUGAGCAAGCCUGUGAGGUUGAUGAUUGUCAACAAAUCAACUAUACGCCUUACAAAGAAUCCAAUGUUGCAUGGAAGAAGCAAGCACAUUGACACGAAGUUCCAUUUUCUGCGCAAUCAGGUUCAAAAUAUAGUGCUUGAAAUUGUUCACUGUAGCAUUCAGAAACAACUUGCAGAUAUGCUGACUAAAGCUAUCAAGAUUGAACACUUUAUCAAUUUGAGGGAUGUAAUUGGUGUUGUUGAUUUUAGUCUUGAAUGUGGAUUAAAAAAUGAUAUUAAAGUGUAA